AUGCGCUCCCAGAGGCUUCUCGACAUCCCAAAGCACAACAUCGCAAAGCUGGAUGCUAGGCCCGAACGGAAAGGGGAACAAGAGGUAGGGACGCUCGGCAGAAGCUGGAGAGGCAACGACAACGGCAGUGACGGUUUCGGACCGCGAUCCAGAGGCCCAAGAAGAGACGGGAGUUGCAAGGCGAGACAUUCGAGUCUCACUCAGGCUGCCCAGCUUCAGCUGCUGCCAUGCGUCCACUGCCAUCAUUCUCCUUGUCUCUUCAGCGCUUCACCGACCGCCGCCCGCAUUUGGAGAAGGCCAGGACCAAGACCAGGACCAAGAGGGAACCCCCGGACCAGCACCACCAAACUUCGCCAGUUCCGCACCCCGCCUCCAAUUUCCCUUGUUUCCAGAAUCACGAAACUCUCGCUCUGUUCUGUUGUUUCUUGCCGCCAUGGGCGUCACACGGAACCUCAUUUACCACAUUCUUUGAUGCUGCCGCCGCUGCCUUUUCGCCGCAACAAAACCCUCUACAUGUUCAUUUUGCUGACCGCCGGCCUUGCUUGA